AUGAUAAUUACAUCGCGAAAUCUUCGCAUUCGAGAUGUCACAGCCAAGUACUUGCGCAAUUUGUACCCACACUCCGCGUUCUACGACCCCAAGACCCGUUUGAUGCGCGACAAUCCGAACCCGGACCUGAACGUGGACGAAGUUACGUUUCCAGGGGAAAAUACUUUACAUUGCUCGGGCGACGCCAUCAUGCUGGCCAAGACGAAGCUGUUCGCAUGGGAGGCAACCGAGAAGGACAUGACCCAAGACGGCGAACUCCAUCCGCAAGCAACUCCGCCGCUGAGUUCAUGCGCCAGCAGUACGAAGAGAAAGAGCUCAAAUUGGAACAGGUAG